AUGUCAAAAAUCUUAUCGAAUGAACAAUAUCUUUCAACAUCACCAUGUUCUAAUAGUGGACCAUCACAAAUCUUACCAUUUCUCUACUUGGGUUGUCAGGAUGAUGCACUUUCAGUAGAGACAAUGCGAAAUAAUCAGAUAACACAUGUAAUUAAUGUGAGUAAAACCGGAGAAAGAGCUUCGUUUCUUAAUGAAAACGAUGAUGAACAUUUUUUACGAAUACCGAUUAAUGAUUGUCACAAUGCGCAAUUACUACCUUAUUUUGAUAAAGUUUAUAAAUUUAUUGAAAAAGCUCGCGAUAAUAAUGGGCGCGUUUUUAUACAUUGUUUAGCUGGCAUAAGUCGUUCACCGGCUCUUGCAAUUGCAUAUGUCAUGCGUGAUUUAUGUUUGACUGCUGAUGAAGCUUACCAAUAUGUGAAACAAUGUCGACCGAAAAUCUCACCAAAUUUCAAUUUUUUAGGUCAACUAUCUGAAUAUGAACGUACCAUAUCAUUGACACCAAAACCAACAAUGAAUACCAUUCGUCCAAUAGUCAAAUGUUGUACGCUCGAACCACCUAUGAGUGAGCGCCGUUAUUUUGUGCCAUUGGAAACUUCUAGUAAUGCAGAUACUUCCAUCGAACAGCGAACUACCGGUUUGUUACGGCCGACGUGUUUUAACUUCGAUUCGAUCAGUGCAUCCCGACCCAAAACAAGUUUUUCAUCAUCAUUAUCAUCGUCGUCGUCGUCGUCAUCUUCAUCGUUGCCGUCGUCAUCAUCAUCGACUAUGACAAAGCUAUUAUUACAGUCAUCUCCAGAGCAAAGUCUCGUAACACGGAAAGUAUCACGUCCAAAUAACAUUUCAAUAAAACAUUCAACCUUCUCACACGAAUGUUCAACGUCAAAAUUAGUUAAGAAUAAUUGUGAUGUUUUAACAAAUAAUAAACAAAAUGAAACAGUAUUGAUGACUCCCGAUGCAUCUUUAUUAACUGAACAAGCUCACUUGAUAAAUACAUAUUUUCAAGAUUCAACAAUAUUAUCAAAGCCACCAAACGAAUGGAAACCUUUCCCAUCGCCUGAUUCGACUAGUGAGACAACGACAGAUCACGUAUCAAGUCCAGCCCAUGGCUUACUUGUUUCAUACUACGAUUAUUAUUCGCCUAAUUUAAAAAAUUGA